AUGUCGUGCAAUGCAGCUCGGCAGAAUUACCUGCAGAUACGGGAACAGCAGCAGCUGAAUCGCGAGAGGGCGCGGGAGGCCGAGGUGGAAGAAAGACGGGCGCAGGAACUCAUUCAGCGCCAGAAGGCACGGUACAAUCAUGUUUCUUCGCACGGAUACGGCCAGCUGAGGGGCGGGGGCGAUGACGUGGAGAUAAAAGUGUUUAUCCGGGAGUGCGAAAAGGGCCGGGCGCAAGAAUUCAGCUUCAUGGAGAGCGAUGCGUUGCGGCGCCGGGGCGACACAAAGCAGCCACCCAAGCCGCAGCCGGAGCAGCUUCUCCCUCGCGUCCCGGUGCAGCCAAAAAAGGAACAGGCACCGGUGUCCGCAGUGAAUGUUCCUCGCGGUGUGGUGCCGAAGUAUAUUAUCCAGCGCAAGGCGGAGCUGGCAGCGGAGAAGGUGGCGGUGCUGCGCGAAAUGGAGCGGCAGAAGGAGAUCGCCAAGUAUCCACCAGGCCACCGCCCCGUCACAGAGGAGGAACGGAAGGAAACCCUCGCAAAACUUGCCAGCAGGCGUAAAGAGCUGGAAUACGAGCUGCACAAAAUUCCCAUCCGAUACGACACACAGUCGAUCAAGGCGAGACGGAACAGGAUUGAAAGUGAACUCAAAGAGAUUGACGAGUCUGAACGCAAAUUCAGUGCGGCGAAGCAGCUGUUUGUGCCCAUUUAA